GGUAUUCCCCGCGCCAAGUCCGAAAAUUUUAGUCGAGACUAAAAUUGUGAAAAUUUACGGUAAAUCAUACAUUAUUUGCCCGUUUUUUAUGAGAGCAGAGUGCAGUGCAACAUUCUUUCCUCAUAACUAGGGUUGUUAUGAACCAGGUGUGGUUGCAUUAACUACAGAGCGAACAAGAACCUUGUUCUAUACUGUGCCCCGCUAAGGAGGAGAGAGAACCAUCUUCUCAUUCAUCAUCAUGGCUCUUGGGAAGAAACUACUAGCCCUCCAUAAGGACCUCGAUAAGCAGCCAGGGAAGAAGGAUGAAAUAUUGAAGCUUCUCAAAUCAUCAACAAAUGAACAGAUCUCUGAGGCACUUCAUCUGCAGCUGAGGAGACCGGAUGAUGGGAGCGUUGCGGAGGUAGUUCGAAUCAUCUUCCAGAGUUCCACAGACUCUUCCGGUGCGAGCAGACGACUCAAUGUCUACAAGGUGGCUAUCAAACUCUUACAAGAUCAGUACAUCACCAACAGAGCAGCCUCAGAAAUUGUGGGCUUUCUUCUCAUGGAGACAGAUAAUCUUGCAGCCGGUCAUUUGGCUGAGCUAGCUGGUGUCUUUACCGAUGCUGUCAAAAGAAAAGAACCGACCAAUGGAAAAGCGUUUGAACUCCUCCCAAAAAUCAUCCUUUCUCUGGCCGCCAAGGAAACGGUGUCCUACGGCAGCAACACCAUGAGCGGUGCGGAAUACAAAGAUCAUGUGAUAAACACACUGUCGUCCAGCAGAUGGGAUCCGCAUUGUAUUAUUCACCUAGCUGCCAUGUUCAGGGAGGUUUCAUUAAGUAGUGACCAACUGAAGUUCAUCAUGACCAAGAUCAUCAGGCACUGUAAAGACAUUGAUCUUCAGGAAAUGCCUCCAUUGGUUUAUCAGCUACUGCUCCUAGCAACUAAGGGUCAUAAGAGACUGGUGUUCACUGGACUAACGUCAUAUCUCACAAAGCAAGACAAACUCUGCAAGGAUCAGCAUCAAGAACAGAACCAAAACGUUGAAGCCUUGUCGACCAUAUCUCAGGAUGCCUUGCGCCACAUGGAAGGUACCGUCAUCCUUCACAUUACGUUUGCUAUUAAGCAAGACCAGGAUCUAGGCAAGGAGUUCAUCAAGUUUCUUGAGGCAAGUAAACUAAGUAACACAGCGGCUGUUUUAUCUCCGUUCAAUGUCGCCUUGGCUCUCUCCAUUGCACCAAUUCAUCGAUUUGAAGAACCAAUCUUUAACUUCUUGAAGAGUGUCAUUUUGAAGAGUUUCAAGGAUGCUGAGAGGCAGUCUGCAUCGCACUGGAUCUCAGAAAUAGCCCCAGGAUCGGUAGAUGUGACCGAGUUGAUCUUAGAUACCGUACAAAAUAGCUCUUAUGGAUGGGAUCAUGUGACUCAAGGAUUAGUUCAACUUGGCUUCACUCUGAUGGAUGCGUUUGGACCCAAACCUGGCCCCAUGGGCAAAUUAAAAGAGAAUCAGGCCUGCACCAAUACCCCGAACCAGAGAGCCUGCUCCUUGGGCUCCCAGAUCCUGGUCAGUACCUUCAAGGCACACGAGAUGGUCCGUGCGGAAAUACUGGAGCAACUUCUCAAUCGUAUCGUCACCAAAGAAUCUACGCCGGUCUCGCAUUACAUUGGUCUCCUUGCCAGCACCGUUAACUCCGCUCCUCAAAUUCUCCUGGACUCACUCCCCAAGAUGCGAGAGGCCUUUGACUAUUUAGCUUACCUAGCUCCUUCAUCCGCUGAUGGGUUACUCAAAGCUGUGCAGCCACUCAUGAAGCUCAACGUGUCGCUCAAAGACUCACUCCUGCUGGUCCUGAGGAAAGCUAUGUUUGCUAGGCAAGGAGACGCCAGGAAAAUAGCAGUGUCGGGAUAUCUGCAAAUGCUGAGACAGUUUCAGGUUUAUGGGAGUCUGCCAGCGAGUCAGAUGAGUCAGUCCUACAUGUCUGCAUCCAGUCAGACGAUGGUUGACAUCCAUACAGGAGGAAGCCAACAGUCCAACUAUGAGGCUAUAGUUUGUCUUGAGAUCCUCGGGAGUCUAAGACGUUGUUUCACGCAGCAAGCCGAUGUCAGGUUGAUCCUCUAUGAGGGUUUGUACGAGGUGCUGCAAAGGAACUCCAAACUGAAGGAUACUAUCAUAGACAUGUUGAGCAAGCAAUGGAUGGGUUAUUAUGAGCCCGAUGAUGAUGUCAAUCCACCAAUCAAACUACAACGCUGUAUCAUGGCUCAGGGGGAUCAAGUCUACAUCGCAGAACCUCUGUCCCAUCUACUGCAGUGUAUCUGUCACUGUGUCGUGCGAUGUAAGAAGUUGAUGGAGCAGUCCAAUGAUGAAGAUGAGGAGGAUGAGGAGGAGGCUGAGAUGCACAUGAAAGAACUCUUAGACCACUUGGAGUCGGUACUUUCAUCUCUCACACGACGAAUGAUCAAGAGUGACUUGGAAGAUUUUGAGUUGGAUAAAUCGGCCGAUUUCUCUGAGACUGGCAGCGUAGGAGUGAAGAAUAACAUCUUUGGUAUCUUAGUCCUGGGAAUUUAUGAGGUGCUCAUGGAAUACAACUUUACUAACACGGACUACAGUGCAACAAGCGCAGAGCAGUUGUUGCAACUGUUCAGCAACUACCAUAAACUGUCUGAGAUUCUCCGUGACAAAAGCAGCCAGAAGAGCAAAGCGGGUCACAAGGCGGCACGCAGUCUACUCUCCAUCAAGUUUGUCACCAAGACAAUGAAGUUACUUUUCAGCGACGAUACUCCGGAUCGACAGGAAUGUCUGCUCAUGCUACGUGAGGAAUCUAACUUUGUACGGUUCAUGGUGAGCAUAGCAUUGCAGAAGAUACACCAGCUGAAUGACAAAGGGGAAUGUGACGGUCCAGCGGGCAACAACAUGGAGAAACUGUAUCUUUUCUGCUACUCAGUAUCCCGAGUUUUUCUUCAUAAGUUUACAGCAGACACCUGCACACCAGCAGACAGUGGAAGGAAUGAGAGGAAGAAGGCUGUGUCAUCAAUGUGUCUGGAAGGCCUUUCUACGUCGGUCAACAUGAUCUGUACCCGGUUCCCCGAGCGUAUAGCUGGUUACCUGAGGUUGAUUGAUCCUGAUCUAGAGUCGGAGGAGGGUCACGUGGACACUCUCGAAGAAGAAGAGAGAGUUCAUUUACACAUCAAGAAAUUCCAGCGUCUUGUGAUGGAUAUGCUAACAUCAGACGAUGGUUCGUCAACGAAGGAUGCUGUACAUCUCUGCAACAUCAUCACUCUGCUGGCUAAACAACUGCCGCCACAAGGAGCUCAAUUUGUACAGUUGCAAGCGUGGUUGUCAAGAGUCUGUGCUGAACAGAACAUUGAAGAUACAAGUCUUGCUAAGGUGUUACUGGGCUUGCUGUUCACUUUGACGCAGCAAUUCCAAAGUACAGCUACUCUGAUACUUGAAGUGGCUCAGGAUACACACAGUCAAAUCGGAGAUACUGAUGAGGACGUUGAAGUGGUACCUAGCACAAACUAUGCCAUUGUCAAUGCAAAGACAGCUGCACCAACAGUUCUGUUGCUGCUUAUGAGUCAGAUUGACAAAUUCCUGGAAGAGACUGAGUGGGUCUUGAAUCGAAUGAAAGCAGACAUUGGCAAGGAAACAGACGAAGAGACAGAAGGGGGCGGGUUAACCCAACGUGAAGAUGGUGAGAAAAUCAUAUGCAGCAGAUUGGGCAUGCUGGUCAAUGCAUUUCAUGAGUUGGUGCAAACAGCUGUGCCAGUGGGUCCGUGUGUUGACGCAACCCUCAAAGCGAUCACCAGACUAUUUACGACCGUCACUUUACUCUGUAAAUAUUAUCUGGCUUUGUACACUCAGCAAGCUGGUCACCUCUCAUCAAGAUUUGAGAAGCUGAUUAAGCUCCUAGCCACUCGCCUUACUCAGAAGGUAUACAGUAUGAUCACCUUCAUUCAGACAUCACAGAGCGAGAGGCUCAAUGCUCCAGCGAAAGCGGGUAAAGCCAAGGAGAAGAAGAGAGGAGAGGGAGAUGGUAGCGGGACGUCAGGAAAAGCCAAAAUUGUCAUGAAGGAGACCCGGGCCAUCCCAAAUCUCAUCUACGCUAUUGAACAAUGUGAACAGUUCCUCAUUCGACUGUCCAAAAAGUCAAAGGUGGAUUUAAUGGAACAUAUUAAGCUCAGUACAUCUCGAGAUUUCCGCAUCAAUACCGAAGCAUUAAGAGAAGUCCAGGACAAGGCAUCCUCUGAUGAAGAGAGCUCCUCAUCAGAUGAUGAAAGUCAACCGCCUUCCAAACGUAGUAAGACUGGCCACUCACCAAGGAAAACACCAAGCAAGAGAUGAACCUCCACUCACACAAUUCAGUUGGUGUUUUCAAAUUUUUGACACAUUUUUAAAGUUUGAUCUCAUUCUUUGAUUUCCAAAAAUACAAAAGUACCAUGGAUCAAGUGAACAUAAAAAAGGCGUCAGUAGCACUUACUACUGCAUCGUUUAAGAGGAAUAAGACGCUUUACAAUAUUUGGCCCGAAUUUGAUGGGCUCUAUCUGAUUUGAUUCUACCCCCAAUCCCCCCCUCCCCUCCACAACCAACAACAAAUUAUCCUGUGUCAAAGAGAAAAUGAUUACCUCUGCAAGAUUCUGGACCCAUUUUGGAUAGUAAAAAUGCAGUUCAACUUUUAAAACAAAUUUAGUAAAAAGGCUUGAGCUACCCCCUUGCGAUCUUUCCAUUUUUGGCAAAACCUGGGUUGACACCUUGUGAUUUCUUUAAAUUUUUGACCUUUCAAUUUUUGACCUAAAUUUAUAGUAAUGUUGUGUACCAAUCAAAAUUCGCUAAGUACACAAGGCUCUAGCCUUGACCACACUUUAGCAAUUUUGCUUGACAAUUUGCACAAGGCUAUAGCCUUGUGUACUUAGCAACUUUGCUUGAAAAUUUGAACAAGGCGAAUUUAUACAAGGC